UUCAACCUAAUUCAUGCUAGUUAAAUGGAUCUGGAUUUGAAUAAGGUCGAAGAAUAAGACAUUAUUUUAUUGGACGUUACUAGUAGUUGAUAUUGCUGCAAUAGUGUGCUUUCUAUGACAGGUGAACCCGGCGGUACAUACACGGGGUGAGGAUAUGGUCAGUUCGAUACAUUUACCUUAAGCAGAUAGAAAGACUUGAAAUACAUCAAAUGAAUAUGGUUUAACAGUGGGUUAUUAAACCUGUAGUGAAAAACUGCAUUAUACUGCGGAUAUGAUGUUCACAUUAGUAUGGAUGCUAUUGGUUUGCACAGUGAAUGCAGCGCUCCCACAGGCGGACUACGACAGCGGGUGGCGACCAAUCAUCAACGGCCUACGUCACGUGGCCCGGCUGGACCUGCCUCAUGGGAUUGGAGAGGUGCCCACUAUCGUUGACGUCCUGCUCAAGGUCGACAACUUUGUCGUACCUGCCGUCGGUUUCCGGCCAGACCAUGAUAAGAUGAGGUCUGGCCCCGUGGUAUACAUUUAUGACGACCAGUUUGUCAACGUGUCAGCCUCCCCGAGCCUCGAUCCCUUCUACACCAUGAUUGCUUCCGAUGCCAAGGAGUAUCCGUACGUGGGCGAUUAUGAGUUCUACGGCGGCCGGGCCACUGUGCGGGUCCGGGCCUGGACGUCUGGCUCCCUGCCUACCCCUGACUUCCACCUCACGGGAACCAGUGCACCACAGAUGGUGGCUAAUAACUCUGACACCUCCCUGUGUUACCGGGAUAUACCCCACGGUCUUGGGGAAGCCCCAAUUCUCUUGGUGGCCCGGAUGAGGAUGGAGCACGACGGCAAGGUCUUCUAUGCGGAUGGCGUCGGCGCGACCCUUGAGGUGUACGCCGAGAAUUCAGGACGUACGAACGCAUAUCUUGUGUACGGCUACAGCAACACCUCUGUCCGUGCCUGGGUUUCCUCCGCUAAAAACGGUGCUCUUUUUGACGGACGAAAGCAUACGUGGUUUGAUUUCUACACGUCAUCCGGGUACCUAGAGGUUCAUGCGUGGAAGAAUGGAACGCUUCCCCCCAGCGCCACCUUCAACAGGAGAACAAACUACAUCAGCUUUUCUCUCAACGAUGAUAACGGCUAUAGUGACGUGAUCUACCCUGCCGGUCUGACACGAAUACAAGUGUCACGUCACAAGGAGGAUACAGACGACAACAACGGCUUCCGGUUCCCUGGCCAGUACCACCUCACCCAGCGGCAGGGGGUCGGGGAGCCUAAGCCUGUGGGGUACGGGGGCUUUUCCUGGGGUAUGAAGCAACACAUGUCCAGCGGUCGAGAAACAUACGUGCAGUUUAAGAACAUGGGCAUUUCCACAUCCGCCGUGGUGAAUGCCUCCAAUGUGUAUAUUGAUGACUCGUUUGGGUGCGGUAUCAACACGGAAGCAGAAAUGCACAUUCAAGAAAUCAACGGGGGAGGGAUGUACGUCCAGAGCUGGCUUCCCCUAGUAAAUUCGUCCUGUCUUCCGCCGGUGAUAUGGCGGGGAGGGUCUGACGUACCCCCUGAAGGAAGUGCUCGUGGGGAAGACAGCUUCGUGAGGUGUGAUGAAGGGUACCACCCAGAGGGGAACUCCACCAUCGUGUGUGACAAAUAUGGCUACUGGACUGACCUACCCCUCUGUUUGCCAAAUGAGAAGGGUGCCGGCUCUGAGUGUAACCCAUCGGAGGACACGUGCACACAGUUCUCGAGGUGCGUGUUCAAGCUCGGGGAGAACAGGUACACGUGCACUUGCCAGGAUGGCUUCACCAUGGAGGGAACCGCCUGCAAGUCAGGUGGCGUGUAUCUCCCCAACCCCGACUUCAACAGCGACUGGAAUGCCAUAGCAUCCGGUCCGUAUGAGGACUCCUUCAGGUCAUUUAAUCACGGUCUUGGAGCAGUGCCGGUGCUUGUGAAUGUGGAGAUCAAGAUCAGCUCAGGCAGUAUCUUCCCCGCCAUGGGAUUUCGACCUGACCAGGACAUAGAGGAGAAGUUUUACGAUCCGGUGUCCAGCCCUGCUGUCUACAUCUAUGACGAUACCCACAUUAACGUCUCCGUGUCAACUUAUGAACAACUUGAAAUCACACCAGUUGGAAACCCUUAUACCAUUUACCUGAGGCCGCGCAAUUUCAAACGAAGCUCUUUUAGUUACCCUGGCCACAAGGUUCGAGUGCGAGCCUGGAAACUAGCCUCAUUACCUACACCAGAUUUCCAAAACACUGAUCACGGAAUACAAGCCGCCACUUCAAAAGAAACUGACUCUUUCUAUGAGGUCCGCCACGGUUUAGGGGAAUACCCGGGACUAGUGAUCGUGCGAGCCUUAUUGGAGACUGACGGACUGACAUUCCUGGCGGACGGUGUGGGUUCGAGUAUGAAUGUGUUUUAUGGAGACGAUCGUUUCAAUAAUGCCUAUUUGGUGUACGGGUUUAACAAUGAGAAUUUCCGAGUGUGGGUGGACGCAUCUCCUUCCGGUGCGAUAUUUGACGGUAGAAAGCACACAUGGUUUGACUUCAUGGUAUCAAGAGGCACAGUGGAGAUCUAUGCGUGGAAGUUGUCCACCCUGACCCCGUAUGUUACCCACCGCUUCUCUAUGGAUGACGUCAAUGUUCCCCUGGAGGAGAAGCUGUCCGCCAAGUACGAGUUGGACGAAGCUUUCAUUCAAGUUAUGGUGGAGAAUACGGAUCCAUCAUCCCAAACCCGAGGGUACCGGUUUUCUGGUUCUCCCUUCUUACCAGCACCGAGAGAUCUGGAAGAAAACUUUCCAACACACAGCUGUAUUGGAGGAGGGUUUGCCUACGGUAUACAACCUUACAAGUAUGAACAAUACUGGAGGAGGGGGGGGCCCACGAGGUUGGGUCUGUGGAUGCCCAGCUAUUCCCUGUACUCUGGACUGACUUUGAUGUGCAUAGCGGACCAGUUUGGGGCUGGCAGGUAUACGGGAUCUGGCCGGAUCGGGGUUGGGAUUAUGCAGGUGUGGGUGCGUCCCGAGUGUGGAAUGCCCAAACUGAGCAGCGAUUACAUCACUGACCCUAUAGUGGAUACUGGGUUUGGAGUCAUCUACAACUUCACGUGUUCAGAGGGCUACCGCAUAGAAGGGGAUCGCGCUCAAAUCGAAUGCCUUGGAAACCAGGAGUGGAAAUUUCAUGCAUACUGCACACUUUUAUUGUGUAACUACAUCGGCAGCAGUAAUAUACAGUUUGGCGAAGUCAGUGGGUGGGGCAAUGCCGUUGGCCGCAACCGAACGGUCACUUGUAAUGAUGGCUAUAUAUUGGUUGGGAAGGAAGUAUUCACAUGCUUGACCAGUGGGGAAUGGACUCCCAUUCCCGUAUGCGUUCCGAGUGUGGGGUAUGAGUGUGACCUUGCCGUCCCUGUGGACAUGCAAUGCACGGGCAUUGCUGAAUGUGUGAGAGGAGACUCCGGGGAUUAUGUGUGCGAAUGUCCGCAGUAUUACAGCCUUAAUGGUAGCAAAUGUAUCGUUGCACCAGGCAGACUUGGAUCCGGUUGUACCCCAGUGGCGGGCGGGUGUGCGGACCAGAAGGCCGCAUGCACGGAGCAAUCUGAGGGCGCGUAUAGUUGCACGUGUAAGCCGGAGUAUGUGGCCCAGGUUGGAGUCUGUAAAGAGGUGGUGCUGGGUGACCCUUGCACACCAAAUGUGACGUUGUGUGAAGAUGGCAUAGCGGAGUGUAGAGAGGAUGUUGAGGGAACAUAUCAGUGUACAUGUCCACAGGAGUAUCUGGCCAUCGGUGGACAGUGUUCGGCGGGUCUGCUGGGCGAGAUGUGUGUCCCAGCUAAGCACAACUGCCUGGACACGCACGCCGUGUGUAUGGUGGACGGUGCUCAGGCCACGUGCCAGUGCAUGGAUGGUUACCAGCAGCGGGAUGACGAGUGUCAGAAAGAAAGUGGCGGGUUGCCGACAUGGGCCAUCAUUUUGAUAGCAUUGUGCUGUGUACUGGCGGCGGCCAUUAUCGUGGGCUGUGCUUUGAGGUACUGUAGGAAAUCUGAUUCCAAGUACUCUGUCGAGAUGGAAAAAAUGAAUAUAGACAGCAAUGAUUCUGAGAUUUAGGUGACUUAAAUAAAUAUUUAUGACAAUGUGUGGUAAUGCAAAUGAUUACAUUAUCCUGUGAACAAAAUGAACAAAAUAGUAUUUAGGGACACAUUAAAAAAAUUAUGUCAAUGGCUAUAUAUAGAAACUGUUAGUUCCGUGUCCGUAGUGCUACAGAUGCCAUGUAUGUGUUGCUUAUAUGUGCGGCGGCCAUUAUCGUGGGCUGUGCUUUGAGGUACUGUAGGAAAUCUGAUUCCAAGUACUCUGUCGAGAUGGAAAAAAUGAAUAUAGACAGCAAUGAUUCUGAGAUUUAGGUGACUUAAAUAAAUAUUUAUGACAAUGUGUGGUAAUGCAAAUGAUUACAUUAUCCUGUGAACAAAAUGAACGAAAUAGUAUUUAGGGACACAUUAAACAAAUUAUGAUAAAUACCCAUUCAGACUUCCUGGGAAUAAGCUGGAUGAAAGUAUACAAUAAUGUAGGAUCCGUGUUCCAAUGCGUCUUGGGUGUUCUUCAUGUCACAAAUGUUAUGGCAUGUAUAUGUUGCUUAAUAUGUCAAUGGCUAUAUAUUGAACUGUUUUGUCCAUGCUCUUAAUGUCACAAAUGACAUGUAUGUCAAUGGCUUUUAAUAAAUAGAAACUGUAUUAUCCAUGCUCUUAAUGUCACAAAUAGUAUGAAUUUGUGGCUUAAUAUGUCAAUGGCUAUAUAUAGAAACUGUUAGUUCCGUGUCCGUAGUGCCACAGAUGUCAUGUAUGUGUUGCUUAUAUGUCAAUGGUUAUAUAUAGAAACUGUUAGUUCCAUGUCCGUAGUGCCACAAAUGUCAUGUAUGUGUUGCUUAUAUGUCAAUGGUUAUGUAUAGAAACAAACUGUUAGUUCCGUGUCCGUAGUGCCACAAAUGUCAUGUAUGUGUUGCUUAUAUGUCAAUGGUUAUGUAUAGAAACAAACUGUUAGUUCUGUGUCCGUAGUGCCACAAAUGUCAUGUAUGUGUUGCUUAUAUGUCAAUGGCUAUAUAAAGAAACUGUUAGUUCUGUGUCCGUAGUGCCACAAAUGUCAUGUAUGUGUUGCUUAUAUGUCAAUGGCUAUACAUAGAAACUGUUAGUUCCGUGUCCGUAGUGCCACAAAUGUCAUGUAUGUGUUGCUUAUAUGUCAAUGGCUAUAUAAAGAAACUGUUAGUUCUGUGUCCGUAGUGCCACAAAUGUCAUGUAUGUGUUGCUUAUAUGUUAAUGGCUAUAUAAAGAAAUUGUUAGUUCUGUGUCCGUAGUGCCACAAAUGUCAUGUAUGUGUUGCUUAUAUGUCAAUGGCUAUACAUAGAAACUGUUAGUUCCGUGUCCGUAGUGCCACAAAUGUCAUGUAUGUGUUGCUUAUAUGUCAAUGGCUAUAUAAAGAAACUGUUAGUUCUGUGUCCGUAGUGCCACAAAUGUCAUGUAUGUGUUGCUUAUAUGUCAAUGGCUAUACAUAGAAACUGUUAGUUCCGUGUCCGUAGUGCCACAAAUGUCAUGUAUGUGUUGCUUAUAUGUCAAUGGCUAUAUAAAGAAACUGUUAGUUCUGUGUCCGUAGUGCCACAAAUGUCAUGUAUGUGUUGCUUAUAUGUCAAUGGCUAUACAUAGAAACUGUUAGUUCUGUGUCCGUAGUGCCACAAAUGUCAUGUAUGUGUUGCUUAUAUGUCAAUGGCUAUACAUAGAAACUGUUAGUUCUGUGUCCGUAGUGCCACAAAUGUCAUGUAUGUGUUGCUUAUAUGUCAAUGGCUAUAUAAAGAAACUGUUAGUUCUGUGUCCGUAGUGCCACAAAUGUCAUGUAUGUGUUGCUUAUAUGUCAAUGGCUAUACAUAGAAACUGUUAGUUCCGUGUCCGUAGUGCCACAAAUGUCAUGUAUGUGUUGCUUAUAUGUCAAUGGUUAUGUAUAGAAACUGUUAGUUCCGUGUCCGUAGUGCCACAAAUGUCAUGUAUGUGUUGCUUAUAUGUCAAUGGCUAUACAUAGAAACUGUUAGUUCCGUGUCCGUAGUGCCACAAAUGUCAUGUAUGUGUUGCUUAUAUGUCAAUGGCUAUACAUAGAAACUGUUUGUACUGUGUCCCUAGUGCCACAAAUGUCAUGUAUGUGUUGCUUAUAUGUCGAUGGUUAUGUAUAGAAACAAACUGUUAGUUCCGUGUCCGUAGUGCCACAAAUGUCAUGUAUGUGUUGCUUAUAUGUCAAUGGCUAUACAUAGAAACUGUUAGUUCCGUGUCCGUAGUGCCACAAAUGUCAUGUAUGUGUUGCUUAUAUGUCAAUGGCUAUACAUAGAAACUGUUAGUUCCGUGUCCGUAGUGCCACAAAUGUCAUGUAUGUGUUGCUUAUAUGUCAAUGGUUAUGUAUAGAAACAAACUGUUAGUUUCGUGUCCGUAGUGCCACAAAUGUCAUGUAUGUGUUGCUUAUAUGUCAAUGGUUAUGUAUAGAAACAAACUGUUAGUUCUGUGUCCGUAGUGCCACAAAUGUCAUGUAUGUGUUGCUUAUAUGUCAAUGGCUAUACAUAGAAACUGUUAGUUCCGUGUCCCUAGUGCCACAAAUGUCAUGUAUGUGUUGCUUAUAUGUCAAUGGUUAUGUAUAGAAACUGUUAGUUCCGUGUCCCUAGUGCCACAAAUGUCAUGUAUGUGUUGCUUAUAUGUCAAUGGUUAUGUAUAGAAACAAACUGUUAGUUCUGUGUCCAUAGUGCCACAAAUGUCAUGUAUGUGUUGCUUAUAUGUCAAUGGUUAUGUAUAGAAACAAACUGUUAGUUCUGUGUCCGUAGUGCCACAAAUGUCAUGUAUGUGUUGCUUAUAUGUCAAUGGUUAUGUAUAGAAACAAACUGUUAGUUUCGUGUCCGUAGUGCCACAAAUGUCAUGUAUGUGUUGCUUAUAUGUCAAUGGUUAUGUAUAGAAACAAACUGUUAGUUCUGUGUCAGUAGUGCCACAAAUGUCAUGUAUGUGUUGCUUAUAUGUCAAUGGUUAUGUAUAGAAACAAACUGUUAGUUUCGUGUCCGUAGUGCCACAAAUGUCAUGUAUGUGUUGCUUAUAUGUCAAUGGUUAUGUAUAGAAACAAACUGUUAGUUCUGUGUCCGUAGUGCCACAAAUGUCAUGUAUGUGUUGCUUAUAUGUCAAUGGCUAUACAUAGAAACUGUUAGUUCCGUGUCCGUAGUGCCACAAAUGUCAUGUAUGUGUUGCUUAUAUGUCAAUGGUUAUGUAUAGAAACUGUUAGUUCCGUGUCCGUAGUGCCACAAAUGUCAUGUAUGUGUUGCUUAUAUGUCAAUGGUUAUGUAUAGAAACAAACUGUUAGUUCUGUGUCCGUAGUGCCACAAAUGUCAUGUAUGUGUUGCUUAUAUGUCAAUGGUUAUGUAUAGAAACAAACUGUUAGUUCUGUGUCCGUAGUGCCACAAAUGUCAUGUAUGUGUUGCUUAUAUGUCAAUGGUUAUGUAUAGAAACAAACUGUUAGUUUCGUGUCCGUAGUGCCACAAAUGUCAUGUAUGUGUUGCUUAUAUGUCAAUGGUUAUGUAUAGAAACAAACUGUUAGUUCUGUGUCCGUAGUGCCACAAAUGUCAUGUAUGUGUUGCUUAUAUGUCAAUGGUUAUGUAUAGAAACAAACUGUUAGUUUCGUGUCCGUAGUGCCACAAAUGUCAUGUAUGUGUUGCUUAUAUGUCAAUGGCUAUAUAAAGAAACUGUUAGUUCCGUGUCCGUAGUGCCACAAAUGUCAUGUAUGUGUUGCUUAUAUGUCAAUGGUUAUGUAUAGAAACAAACUGUUAGUUCCGUGUCCGUAGUGCCACAAAUGUCAUGUAUGUGUUGCUUAUAUGUCAAUGGUUAUGUAUAGAAACAAACUGUUAGUUCUGUGUCCGUAGUGCCACAAAUGUCAUGUAUGUGUUGCUUAUAUGUCAAUGGCUAUACAUAGAAACUGUUAGUUCUGUGUCCGUAGUGCCACAAAUGUCAUGUAUGUGUUGCUUAUAUGUCAAUGGCUAUACAUAGAAACUGUUAGUUCUGUGUCCGUAGUGCCACAAAUGUCAUGUAUGUGUUGCUUAUAUGUCAAUGGCUAUAUAAAGAAACUGUUAGUUCCGUGUCCGUAGUGCCACAAAUGUCGUGUGUUGCUUAUAUGUCAAUGGCUAUACAUAGAAACUGUUAGUUCUGUGUCCGUAGUGCCACAAAUGUCAUGUAUGUGUUGCUUAUAUGUCAAUGGCUAUAUAAAAAAACUGUUAGUUCCGUGUCCGUAGUGCCACAAAUGUCAUGUAUGUGUUGCUUAUAUGUCAAUGGCUAUACAUAGAAACUGUUAGUUCCGUGUCCGUAGUGCCACAAAUGUCAUGUAUGUGUUGCUUAUAUGUCAAUAGCUAUAUGCAGAAACAGUUUUAUCCAUUUUAUCAUACUACCUAUAUAUAAAUCAUGUCAUUGGUCUUCAUUGGCAAGUACAAUAAAUAGGUACAGGUGCAAUUCCGCUUUCGUUGACAGAAAGUUUGCCUACUUAGAGAGUGGCUAACUUGUAUACUCUUCCAAGUGUUCAUAUUUUGUGGAUAUUUGGGUUUUGCUAGUUUGUUAUGAUGUCUUCAGCAAUGCAACAGGGUUGUGCUCUUUUUUUUUUAUCUUAUACCUUUAUCGGUUUAUUUUCUAUUUCGUAUUGUAUAUUGUGUAACUUUUUUGUAAUAAAUUUUAAAUCAUG